GAAAUGGGCCAUUUUCCACACUAUCUGGUAUUGCUCUUGAUCCUCAUGAUUGCAUUAUCUGAAACAAUUCACACUUUGGCCCCAAAAAAGGCGCCAACCGAGCGGUUAGUACCCAUUGGAUCGACAACUGCACUGGAGUGUGAACCAUAUACAUCUUCAAAUGUCACUUGGUAUCGUGAUAAACAUGUCAUUGCAACAGUUGAGGGACAUAAGAAUGCAAUACUGAAUGAGAGGAAGCCACGUGGAGGAGAAGAAAGGAUACCUGAAAUUGGAUUUCUAGUGAUUUUCGAUGUUCAAAAAGAAGAUGAAGGAAAUUAUUACUGUCAACGAGAAAAUGAUUCGAAAUGGGGAGAAGUGUUCCAGUUGAAAAUUGCAUAUGUUGAUGAAAUAUCACAAAAUGAAAAAAUAAAGUUGGAGCCAAAUGUGCCAACACUUGGAAGGUCUUUGGUACUACAUUGUCCGAUUCCAAAAGCAUAUCCGCCUCCGAAAGUUACGUGGACAGUGAACUCGCUUCCAAUAUCACACAUAUCGUCUGAUUAUGUGGCAUUUCCCAAUGGAACACUCAUCAUAUCACACUUCUCAUAUCAUCACUUUGGUUAUUUUGAAUGCAAUAUAAACAAUUUUGCUGGUCACGCUUCUACGAAUACAUUCAUUGAUUCUAGAGAAUUGGUAGCGAAUCUAGAAUCUUUAAAACCAACAUUUGUGAAUGGAUGCUCUGCAGCUCUUCGUAGCUCUCUCUUUAUGUUCCUUCUUGGAUGCCUUAUCACAUCUGGUGCAGUUCUAAUUUAUCUCAUUUGUGCUGUGUGUCUACUAAAACCAGGACGACCUCGUCGAGUACUUCGUCCAACUUUUUGGUCGAGAACAGAUCCUCGGUUAGCUCCUGGAUUCCGAAAAGCUGUUGUUCCUCUUCCAGAUUGUUUUGUAAACGCCCGAAUGUUAACUCCUCCAGUUCAAAAUCCAUUGAUUACAUAGAUUUUCGAUUUUAUUAUACUUUCGAAUUUAGAAACUUGUAGUCCGAUCUUUCUGUACAUCCAGUGUUGCCACGUUCAAACUUUUCAGGGAUUCAAUUGUUUAGUUUUGUAUCAUUUUCAAUGUAUUUCAAUCAACGGGUCAUUCUACAUGUAAUAGUUUUUUCUUCAAUUUUUAUAUCAAUAUAUCAAUAAAUUUAAACUUUAAA